AUGCAGAAAUUCGAUUCGCCCCUCCGUGGUCUGGGCGUGAUGAAGGUUUCCGGGUUUGCCCCGGCCCACCUCAACCGACAGGCAAUAUGCAUAAUGGAGGCGCUUGGUGUCGACAUCACCAAGCUGAUGGGGUCGUAUCAGCAGCAAAUCCAGCGCGCAGAGAACAUAGAGCGGGACUUCGCCGUCCUUGACACAGGCCGGCAUCCCGCCCGACAUCUCUACAAGAACGCGUUCGUCCCGGUCCUCAAAAUGGUCAAGGCUGGGCUGGGAAGCGAGGUCUUGCUGCAAAAUGUGCUGGCGUGCUUAAAAUGCCAGAUGUUGCGGGAGCUCAAGUACAAAGCACGCGUUUUGGUCAAUGGCGGAGCAUAUCUCAUUGGUGUGGCCGAUGAAUACGACGUUCUCGAGGAAGGCCAGAUAUACUGCGCCGUUACCCCCCAAGGGCAACAACACGCGACGGGUUAUAACUGGGCAAUGCACCAUAUUCCGCUCGCCUUGUGUCCACCCCGGCGACGCGCGCCUGGUUACUGCCGUCAACCACGCGCACUUCGAAAAGUACCCUCUGACGAACGUGGUUGUCUUCAGCGCGAAGGCCGCGAAGCGCGAUCUGCCAUCUAUGUACGUGGACUCGAAAUAUCAAUGCAUAUCACUGAUAUUUCGCAGGCUGGGUGGUAUGUACUCGUGUCUAUGGUGAUUUUUUCUCAUCGUUUCCUCUCAAUCAAGGCGGAGACCUGGAUGGUGACUUUUUCACCGUCAUUUACGAUCCCAACCUCCAGUUUGCCUCUGCUUUACACCUCAUCAUCAUUCUCAAAACUAUCUAGAAUAACGCGCGAAUACGAGCCGAUGGACUAUUCUCCUGUGGAGCAACCGGUCAAGAAGGACAACAUCAGCAUUCAGGAUGUACAGGACUUUGUUGUUGAGUACAUAACCGGCGACGUCCUUGGCAUGGUUUCAAACUUUCACGCUGCAGUCGCGGACUAUCUCGGUCCAAUGAGUCCGCAAUGUCUCGAGCUUGCGAAACGGGCGUCGGACGCCGUGGACUUCGCGAAGUCGGGCGUGCCGGUGUUGAUUGAAGAGAGCAUGCGACCUAUCCGCUUCCCCGACUUCAUGGACAAGGGCGCCCACGAGAGCUACAAGAGCACAAAGGUGCUCGGGAUGAUGUACCGAAUGAUUGAGCCCGCGCCGACAUACGAGCCGUCUGUUAGCGGACAUUUCGAUACGCGGCUGGUAAGGAAGAGGGUUUUGGGACACUAUCUGCAGCGGGCGGGACAGAUGAAGCAUAACUAUGAUGUCGAUAUGGAGGGUCUCAUGAGACAGCACAACUUGUGCGAGGCGGAAAUCAUCGCGGGCGUGUCGGUGAUGAGCGAGCAGCGGAAGCGCAGGGCCGCGGACGAUGCGAUGAGGGGCCCGGUCCGGGAAGGCAUGGAGGCCAUCCGCGCUACAUAUCGGCGUCAAGCGCGGGCCUUCGUCAAAGAAAACCCUAGUGGAGGCGGUAUGGAGGGCUGGGCAAUCGCUGCAUACCAGGUUACCCAUGUUGCCGACAUGCGGCAUCGCUAUGUCGACGCGCUGAAUCAGAGCCGGCUUGGGUCGGCCGCGGUGUCCAUGUCUGGCCACAGUGCUUAUGAUGACUGGGAGGACGACGACCAGGCUUUCAGCGACGUAAGCAGAAAGGAGAUGAUAUCGUUCCCGUGGUUGUGGGCUCAAGGCAAGUCCCAAAUAUGUUUCUCGCUGGAGGACCACGAUGUGAUUAAGGAGGAGGAAGAACCUGAGUCAGAAGAUGAGGAGCGAGAUGAAGAACGCCAUUGGAUUGAGCAAUGGCGCAAAGGGGCAGACGACAGUGAUUCGGAGGACGUGAAGAAGCCUUUUGCUGACCUUCCUCCCACUCCCGUUGCGGUACCCGCUCGACACCGCAUGACGGUUCCGCCUGUUAUGAAACGGGAGGAGCCAGAACUGGCGCUCUUGGAGCAGGACAAGGCGGACGAGGUCGAGGUUGCUGACGCUAUCAGCAUCCACGAUAGCGAUGACGAGUCGGACACGAUGUCUGGCUCAGAGUCAGUGGGGCCUGUGAAGGAGGAGGACACCGACGGUAUCGAGUAUCUAAGAACCACUCAUCGUAUAUUUGACGUCGACGAGUAG